CAGUGACGGAUGUUGGAUUAACGAAAAUGAAAAAUCGAAUUGUUAUUUUAGUGGUUGUGUUCUCCAUUUUGGCUGUUGAUGUAAUUUCCGCAAAUACAGCGUUACAGCCUGUGGUGAAAAACUCAACAGAACACAGUGAAGCUCGACAAGCAGUGGUCACUACUGCUAAUCGAUGGUGGCCCUACGGCUGGGGUUGGGGCUGGGGCUGGGGAAUAGCUGUCUUCGUCCUCGCCAUCGUGAAAGGCUCCAUCCUUCUGGGUCUUUUCGUGAUCUGGGCCUUCUUCAGAGGAUUCGGAGGAAAACAUGGCGGAUGUGCUCCGAUCAUCAUUCGUGAAUCUCCACCACCAAGCUACAGUCAUCCGCCCUGGGAUCGAUCCGGAUACGUAAGUGGUCCUCAGCUUACCAGAUCCAAACGUUCAACCGACUACAGAGACUCCGAACUCUAUUGGACGGACAUGAUCACCGAUCUAGGGUUUAGUUUUCUGGGUAUUCACUCCAAGGAUUGCCGCAAGCGGUUCGUCUGUGAAGUUGACGUGCAAGCUCGCACCGAUCCGAUGAUUCAACUGGCCACGCACAUGUUCGGUCGCGAUAUAUUUCGUCUCUAUCGUUCGGCUGGUGACCAGCUUGCCAAGAGCGUUGAUCAAUGUGGUCAAAUCUAUAGCCAGUGUAAACUCCUGGCGCCGUCUCUCACGUUUGGUGCAUUCACUGGACAGAUUGAUCCAAUGGCGGACUACGAUGAUACCAUGGCGGCAUCGAUUGACGAUGCUGAAGAAACGACCGAUACAGCCACCCCUGUGGAAACUGAUCAAAAGGAAUUGAGCAAGCAAACUAUGAGCGAACCCCUUCGGGAAAAGAAGUAUUUCAACAAACGGAAGCGAUACUUCAAAAUAACAAACGUUAAAUAAAUUUCUUUGAGUCUGUAAGGAAAUCUAUUUGUAAUAAUUUAUUCUACCACAGAA